GUGAUUGGUUUGAGUUUAUUUGUUGUAGGACUUUGUUUUGUUAAUUAUGGUUAUAUUAUUUUUAUAGAUUGGGAAAUUUUUUCUCUUAAUUCGUGUAGCUUUACUGCAGUUUUAUUAUUGGAUUGAAUAUCUUUAAUAUUUAUAUCUUUUGUUUUAAUUAUUUCUUCUUUGGUUAUUUUAUAUAGAUUUUCUUAUAUAUCAGAGGAUAGCAAUAAUAUUCGAUUUUUAUAUUUGGUUUUAUUGUUUGUUUUGAGAAUAUUACUUAUAAUUGUAAGUCCCAGAUUGAUUAGAAUUCUUUUAGGUUGAGAUGGUCUUGGUUUAGUUUCUUAUGGUUUAGUUAUCUAUUUUCAAAAUUUUAAGUCUUAUAAUGCGGGCAUGUUAACAAUUUUAAUUAAUCGAAUUGGUGAUGCUGCUUUAUUAAUGGCUGUCGCUUGAAUAUUUAAUUUUGGAGGUUGACAUUAUUUGUUUUAUUUUAAUGUUUGAGAUUUUAAUAUAAAGAUAGUUUUGUUGAUAGUAAUUUUAGCUAGUUUUACAAAAAGUGCUCAAAUUCCGUUUUCUUCCUGAUUGCCUGCUGCUAUAGCGGCCCCAACUCCUGUUUCUGCUUUAGUUCACUCAUCUACCUUAGUAACUGCUGGGGUUUAUUUAUUAAUUCGUUUUAGAUAUUUAUUUAAUAAUUUAAAUUGCGAAUUUUUUGUUUAUAUUGGUACAAUAACGAUGUUUAUUGCUGGGUUGGGGGCUAUAUUUGAAUUUGAUUUAAAAAGGGUAAUUGCUUUAUCAACUUUGAGUCAAUUAGGUUUUAUAGUAGGAGUUUUAUUUAUAGGUUAUCCUGUUUUAAGAUUUUUCCAUUUAUUAAUACAUGCUUUUUUUAAGGCUUUACUAUUUUUAUGUGCAGGCUUAAUUAUUCAUAUUGCAGGUAAUAAUCAAGAUUUACGUGUUAUAGGGGGUAUUUAUAAAUGUAUUCCUUGAACUUAUACUUCGUUUUUAAUUUCUAGUAUAUCUAUAUGUGGUAUCCCUUUUAUAUCAGGGUUUUAUUCUAAGGAUAUGAUUUUGGAGGUUAUUAGAUUUAAUUACGACAAUUUUUUUAUUGUUUUAAUGUAUUAUUUAUCUGUAGGGUUAACAGUUUCAUAUUCUGUUCGUUUAAUUUAUUAUACUAUUGGCAGAGAGAGUUUAUAUUGCUGUCAAAGUUACUUUGAGGAUAAUUCAAUAAUUUUUUCAAUAUUAUUUAUGGUUAUAAUAUCCGUUUUAGGGGGUAGCUUUUUAAGUUGAGUAAUUUUUACGGUUCCUGAAUUUUAUUGUUUGCAUUUAUAUACUAAGUUAGCACCUUUUUUAUUAAUUUUAAUAGGGAUUCUGAUUUCUUAUAAAAUAUGUUCAAUAAAUUGGGGUUCUUCUUUUUAUUUAUUUCAUUUAUUUUUUGGGUCUAUACUUUAUAUGCCAUAUUUCAGAACUUUUCUUUUGAGCAGUUUUGGAUUUUAUAUUUCUAAGGUUUGGUUUACAAAUGUUGAUUGUAGUUGGGGGGAAUAUAUUGUUUCGCGAUCGGUUUUUCAUUUUUUAAUCAGGGUUUCAGUUAAUGUUUCAGGGUUUUAUAGUAAUGGAAUUAGGAUAAUUUUAAUUUCUUUUAUUUUAAGAUCUUUGUUUUUCUUUCUUUAA